AUGGGUAAUACAAGUCGCCAAGGUAAUUACAACCAAGGUUGGAGGCCUCACCCAAACCUGGGACAAGCAGGACCCUCAAAUAGACCACCACCUCAACAAUUUCAGCAACAUCCCUCUUUGGCAGAUAGAACUUCAAAGAUUGAGGACACACUCAAUCAAUUCAUGCAAGUGUCAAUAUCCAACCACAAGAGCACUGCAGCUGCUAUCCGUAACUUGGAGGUGCAAAUGGGGCAAAUAGCUAAGAGGAUGGAGGAGAAAUCCGAUACAAAUUUUGCAGCUAACACUGAAGUUAACCCAAAAGAGCAUGUUAAAGCUAUUACUACAAGGAGUGGAAAGGUGUUAGAAGAGAGAAAAGUAAAUAGAGAUGAUGAAAAAAGAGAAGAAAAUGGAGAGUUACAUGAGAGAAAAGAAGAGAGCAUUGAAGAAGAUGAUGAGAAGGUUGAAGGAGGACAUAAAGAAAUGGGUGAGAGAGAGAAGAAUAAAGGAAAAAGUGUUGAAAAGCCCUUACCUUACCCUAAAAUCCAUUCUAGAAAAGAGAAGGAGAAGCAAUUUGGGCGAUUUUUAGACAUAUUCAAGAGGCUUGAGAUUAAUAUCCCCUUCUCUGAAGCCCUCCAACAAAUGCCUUCAUAUGCUCGAUUCAUGAAGGAGUUGCUCACAAAGAAAAGAAAGUACAUUGAAGAAGAGACCAUCGAAGUUCAGGGAAAUUGUAGUGCCAUCAUCCAAAAGUUGCUUCCACCAAAGUUUAAAGAUCCCGGUAGUUUCACUAUUCCUUGCACUAUUGGUGAGUUGGCUAUUGGGAAAGCACUAAUCGAUCUGGGAGCAAGCAUAAACUUGAUGCCUCUUUCUGUGAUGAGGAGGAUUGGAGACUUGGAAUUGAAGCCCACAAGAAUGACACUCCAGUUAGCAUAUAGGUCUAUCAAGUGCCCCUAUGGAGUCAUUGAGGAUGUGCUAGUGAAGGUGGACAAAUUCACUUUCCCAGUGGAUUUUGUCAUUCUAGACAUGGAAGAAGACACUGAAGUUCCGCUUAUAUUGGGCAGGCCAUUCAUGAAAACUGCAAGGGUGCUCAUUGAUGUGGAUAAUGGUCAUCUCAAGGUGCGUGUGGAAGAUGAGACUGUCACUUUCAAUGUUUUGGAAGCUAUGCAACACCCUGGUGAUAAUAGCAACUGCUUUAGAGUGGAUGUUCUAGAAGAAGUGAUUGAGACUACCAAGAGCCAAUUGCAUGUGAAGUCCCCACUUGAGAGGGUUUUGAUUGAGGCAUGUGAUGAGUUGACCCUUGAUGAGGAAGCGGAAGUGGAGGAAGUGACCAGACAACUAGAAAAGCUCAAGGAGAUAUCUCCUAAUGAGGUGAAAGUGGAAAAAUUGGAGAAGGAAAAAUUUGAUGAUCAAAACAAGAUUGAGCUUAAAUUGUUGCCUGAUCACCUCAAGUAUGUGUUCCUGGAAGGGGAAGCAAGGAAGCCUGUGAUAAUUAGUAGCUCUCUAUCUAAAGCUGAAGAAGAGAAAUUGAUUGAAGUUCUUAAGGCAAAUCAAGGAGCUAUAGGGUGUCACAUUUCUGAUUUGAAGGGGUUAAGCCCAACUUAUUGUAUGCACAAGAUUAUGUUAGAGAAAGAUUACAAGCCCAUAGCACAACCACAAAGAAGAUUGAAUCCCACUAUGAAGGAGGUGGUGAGAAAGGAGGUGCUAAAACUCCUUGAAGCUGGAAUGAUAUACCCGAUCUCUGAUAGUGCAUGGGUUAGUCCUGUGCAUGUGGUGCCAAAGAAAGGAGGUAUGACAGUCAUUCAGAACGAGAAAAAUGAGUUGAUUCCAACUAGGACGGUCACCGGGUGGAGGAUGUGUAUUGACUACAGGAAACUUAAUCAAGCCACUCGAAAGGAUCAUUUCCCCCUUCCCUUCAUGGAUCAGAUGUUGGAACGUUUAGCAGGACAAGCGUACUAUUGCUUCUUAGAUGGUUAUUCUGGAUAUAAUCAGAUUGUGCCAUCUUUGCUGACUUGGUUGAGAAGUGCAUUGAAGUAUUUAUGGACGACUUCUCUGUGUUUGGCAAAUCCUUUGAUCUCUGCUUGA